AUGGCGAAUACGACCCAUGCUUUGCUCGACGCCCAUCAGACAGAUCUCUUACCUGACGAUGCGUUUUUUACGUCCAUCCUAGCCGUUCUGGCCAUGGCGAUUAUACCAUACCUUCUUUCCUCGGGAUGGAGUAAGCUCUUUGGGUAUCAAGUGCCUAUAGUUGGCAUCAAGUCAUUUUGGGAGCCCAUCGUGGUCUCCAAUUUCCGUUUUUUCCUUCACGCAGAGGAGGUUUUAGCAGAUGGAUAUCGCACCUGUAAACACAAGAUCUUUCAAUUUCGCCGGGCCGACACGGACAUGUUGGUCUUGCCGUUCAAAUAUGUCGAUGAUAUACGGAAGUUACCGAAUGAUGUGGCGAGCCCCACGGUUGCCCACGUCCAUAAUUUGAUGGGGUCUUCUACUAAUAUGCACAUCAUCCUGCGCAAUAACCUUCACUUCCGCACCCUCCAGCUCAAGCUGACUCCCCAUCUCAACACUCUCACACAUCCCAUGCAGGACGAGGUGAACUUUGCGAUAGAGCACGAGCUCACCAAAUCAGAAGAUGAGUGGGUGACCAUCAAGCCUUACCAUACACUCCUCGACUUCGUGGCCCGCGUCAGUGCGAGGAUCUUCCUUGGGAAACCUCUCUGUCGGGACCCUCAAUGGCUGGAGAUUUCGACGCAGUUUACUGAAAAUGUGUUUGUUUCUCUCGUCUUUCUUCGUCUCCUGCCCGUGUGGACCCAUAAGAUUGUAAGCUGGUUCAUGCCUUCGUCAUACAGGGGCACUGCGUAUAUCCGAAAGGCGAAGAAGCUUCUGGUCCCUGAAAUUCUUCGCCGCCGGGAGAACGAAGCAAAAGGAAUUGAGGAGCUUGCGGAAAAUAAACACAACCUGUUGUCCUGGAUGAUGGAAAUUGCUACGCCACAAGAAAGCGACCCGGCUUCGUUGGCUCACCUCGAGGUCGUGAUGUCACUUGCAUCUAUCCAUACAUCUCAGAUGAAUGCGGUUCAUGUGUUGUACGACCUUCUGGCACAUCCAGAAUGUCUCGAGCCGAUCCGCGAAGAGAUUCGUGACGUGAUCAAAGAAGUAGGUCCGUGGAUGACCUGGGAGAAGCCAGCAUUUUCGAAACUUCGCAAGCUCGACUCCUUCAUGCGUGAGUCCCAGCGGUUCAACCCCCCCACGCUUCUUUCCAUGCACCGCGUCAUGCUGCAAAGAACUACGCUCUCGGAUGGAACUGUUUUGCCGAAAGGGGCCCAUAUCAGCAUGGCAGUCAAUGCGAUUCAGAACGACCCCGACGUGACGCCUGACCCUGAGGUCUUUGACGGGUUCCGCUACUAUAAACUCCGUCAACGCGAGGGCGAGGCACAUCUCCAUCAAUUCUCCACCACUCAAGAUCGGAUUCUGAAUUUUGGUCACGGUCCAAACUCCUGCCCCGGCCGCUUCUUCGCCAGUCUGGAGAUUAAAGUCAUUCUGGUCCGUCUUCUCAUGGAUUAUGAAUUUAAAUUCAAGCGGGGAAAUGAACGACCCGAAAAUUUGCGGGCCCAUGAAUUCAUUUUCCCCAAUCCAGACGCCGAAAUCCUGAUGCGCCGCCGUCCUGCUUCUGAACGGCUGGAAAUAUGAACCCAAUGAUUC